CCAAGUUUCUCGAGAGGUGGUCGAGUGCUGGGGACUUUCCUCGUAAUCUGGAAACUCAAAGCUGGAGCUGGGAACAGUGGCCGAGAUUUUCCCUCCACGAAAAGAUUCUUCCGUCCACUUCCUUCUUCUCAUUUCCUGCGCGGCUGAGCCAUGUGGCUGAUGUGCUCUAACCGCCGAGGUACUUUCGUUAAUCUUACGUAACCAUUUCUUUCUCAAUUUAUUCACGUUGAUAAUACGGAUUCUCGUCCGAUCACCGUGGUUGUUAAAUAAUGUUGAGUACGACGGUACUGUCGUGCUGACCGCCACGUGGUCGCGAUCGAACGGAGAAAAAAAGAGGGAUAUUACGCGCCAAGUGCACGACUUGCACGAGGCAAAUACAGACGGGUACGCAAUACGCAAUACGCAUAGAAAAUGAAACGAAAGAAUUCGGAUUCGCAAGUUGCGCGGAAGCAGAAGCGAAAGCGAGCCGACUCCGAGACGGAGACGACGGAAUCGCCCAAGGAGUUCGACCUGAAGGAGCUGUCGAAGAAGCAAAUUCUACAAUGCAUCUCUGCAAUUUUUCACUUGACUCAAGAACAGUUAAAAGAGACGAAUAGUCUUCUCGCCGAGGAGGCUCGGCCGAUAUUCAUACAAGUGACUAGCGUCAGAGUUCCGAAGAUGCCUCGCAGACAGAUGAGGGUAUUGUUGCCAUAUUCAAUAGUGGCUCCAGACGAUGAAAUAGCUUUGUUCGUUUGCGAUUUGGAGAGAGGAAGAAGAAAGGAUUAUGAGCCAACAGUAGAAUACUACAGAGAUCUAUUGCACAAGCAUGGGUGCACCCGCGUGAAUGAGAUAAUACCCAUGAAUCGUGUGAAGAACGAAUUUGAUCAAUUUGAAUUGAAGAAAAAGCUCCUAGGGAGUUAUGACCACUUUCUUGUCGACGGUCGCAUCGCCGGUCAUAUGUCUCACUUGUUAGGAAAACACUUUACCAAGAAAAGGAAGUUGCCGACUUCAAUCAGAAUGGAAAGCAAAGACUUGAAGCACGAGAUCGAUUAUGCAUUGAGGAAAACCAGUAUGCUGCUUCAUUCUCAUGGCGAUACUCAUUUGAUGCAAAUCGGGAACACAUCCAUGGACAAGAAAAAAAUCCUGAAAAAUAUACUGGCUGCCUGCGAAAAACUGUCUAAAAACUAUCCAGGCGGUUGGACAAACAUACGAGCUCUCCGACUAAAAAGCACAACCAGUCUGGCAUUGCCUUUUUAUAUGACGUUAAAGAAUAAAAACACGGUCAAUCCACAUGAGAUUGUGGUACAGCCAAAGAGACCGAAAGCUUACCGUGAUGUGGAGGGAGAGCUUUCAACAUUCGUACGUGAUACCACGGUCAUAGUUAAACCCGAAGGCACAGUUAUUCUGAACAAACAUAAGCAGAAACAACCAAGUAAGAAAAUCACAAAAGAAGAAACUGAGAAUUGAAACAACAUAAUUCUGUUGUUACUUUAAAAUUUGAAAUCUUGUAAAAAGAAGUAAUCACAAAAACUUUUGAAAUAUGUAAUAUUAUGUAUGUUAUCUAUAGUUAAUAUUAAUUUAAUUAACAUUAAAUAUUAUCUUCGUAAUAUCUAUCAUGUGAUUGGGGGAGAUUAUUGUCCUCCGAUAUGAAGCAUAUUAAGUAUUGUGCUAAUUGUCGGAGGAUAUCUCUUAGGAUAUAGUUAUUUGACAAAUAAAGGCAGUUUGUUUAUAUUG